GUCAUAUUUGUGUAACACAAGGUCGUCUCAGACAUGACUGUGUUGUUGUACGUCGAUGCCCUUGUGCGCUCAGCCAGUGCGCAGCGGUCAGAUUCAUGCGGUGAUAUGUUUUCAUUGCGCCCGCUCUGACGUGAAGAGCGACAAAGCCCCGAGGGUCGGACAUGUAACUUCAGUUUCGUGGGAGAAAGCAUUUCUCUGCGCCACAGAAAACAGACGAUAAGUGGAACUGGAAGUGCUCUUUUUCUGUUUGUGUUCUUCACUAUCACCGACUCGGAAAAACUACGGCAGUUCUGAAGCCACAGGCACGCUGGUGGACACAUAAGGAUUUUCUGAUGAAAGUCAAGGUUGUCCGGCUUAAAGUCGAGGUUAUCCAGCGAGGAAGAUUUAUUGCUUCUCACUGGAGUGCGGAGAGAUUUUCUUAGUUCACGUAAACAAGCAACUUAUGUUUGAACGAUGUUCAAUUAUGCGUUUGUACGAUGCAGGAAUAACCGGUGAUGAUUUGCACGACAAAACCGACUUACUUGGCGUCUGAAGUUUAGUCGUUUGUAACCUAACAUCUCUUAGAUAAAAGUUUGAAAAGAUAAUCUAACGUCUGUAAAUUCAAAUCCUAUCCACAUUUGGAGAACGCUGACAUAAACGCGCGCUAUCUUUUCGUCCCAAAUUGGAGGAAUGCUUCGACGCUCUUGUUGGAAGGAUAUGCUCAGUUUCAUCAAAUAAACGCCAGUUGCUGUUUAUUUACUAACUUACUUGUCGAAAGUCCCAAUAGGAGAUAUCCAAGUUCUGGAAUUGUAAGGUUUGAAGUGAUUCUGACGUUUUCUUCAACCCGCAUCUGACUGUUGGAAAUGAACCUGAGGUGUGAAAAGGACGUUCGUUAAAUAAGCGUUGGAUUUGUCCGCGAACAUUUACGGAAUCCUGGAUACCUCAACGGGGAUUCGAAUGGGAUCUAUCAUGAUUCUCCUGAAUAUUCUGAGCGUCCUGUUUUUAUCUGAUGAGGUGGCACUUUCCAUGGCAAGCCAUUCAACCUUGUCAGGGUUGGGAACUCAUGGAUGGAGGGCCCCUAUGGACUGCCUGAGGGCCAGUGAGGUGUGCAACCAAAACUCGCAGUGCAGCUCACGUUUUCGCAUCAUGCGCCAGUGCCUGGUAGGUCGUGACAGGACUACCAUGCUGGCCAACAGGGAGUGUCAAGCUGCCCUCGAGGUUCUGCAGGACAGUCCACUGUAUGACUGCCGGUGCAAGAGGGGCAUGAAGAGGGAGCUUCAGUGUCUGCAGAGCUACUGGAGUAUUCAUAUGGGUCUCAAUGAAGGUGAAGAACUCUAUGAGACCUCUCCAUAUGAACCGAUGCAUCUUUCUGAUGAGUUCCGACUUGCCUCCAUUAUUUCUGCCAUGGACUCUGCUUCUGCAAAAGGAAAUCUGUGUUUUGACACGGGCAAACCCUGCAACCCAUGUCUGGAUGCCACCAAGGCUUGCAACCUCAACGACACAUGCAAGAAACAACGCACUGCACUCUUGGCCACUUGUAGUCCUGCGGCUCCCAUUUCACAAGCUCACGAACCCUGCAACCGAAAGCGCUGCCACAGGGGUCUAAGGCAGUUCUUCGACCGUGUACAGACAGAAUUCAGCUACCCACUGCUCUUCUGCUCCUGUCGGGAUAAAGCAUGUGCUGAACGCAGACGGCAAACCAUCAUGCCUGCGUGUUCGUAUGAGGAAAAGUCAAAACCCAACUGCCUUGAACUAAGGAGGACCUGUCGUUCAGAUCCGCUAUGCAGAUCCAGGCUGGCAGACUUUCACAUGAAUUGCCAGACGACACCGCAUUCAAUAACAAGCUGUCCUAAUGAUAACUACCACGGUUGUCUGGUGUCCUACGUUGGACUCAUUGGAUCAGAUGUGACUCCAAACUAUGUGGAUGCGAGCCACACCAACAUCACCAUAUCCCCUUGGUGUGGCUGUCGAGGCAGUGGAAAUCACGAAGCUGAGUGCGAGGCCUUCCUGCGAGACUUCAGAGAGAACACUUGCCUGAGAAAUGCUAUCCAAGCUUUCGGUUAUGGCACCGAUGCAGGUCUAGUUCCCAUCACAGAGUCUCAGUCGGCAGUCCCAUCAGUACGGACCAAUCUGCAACCGGCUAUCAUCACCAAACAUGUCAUCAACUCAAAUGAUGUCAAGCAAAUAGACAGUGCAUGCGUUUUCUCCACAUGUGCUAACCUUCAGGACAGUGAGCAGAAAUGUUCUAACAGUUUUGAAUGUGCUGAUGAGAAUGUGCUAAACCGCAAUAUGGAGGGUUCCAUUGACUCGGUGGGCUCUCACCAGGCCGACAACAACAGAGCCAGACACUCAUCUGUGACUUCAAUCAGUGUUUCUGCCGCCACACUGACACUGGCCUUUGCACUGGUCAAUCAGGGUCUGUAAACACAGCCUGACUCUACAGCACCAGGAAGCAUCUGAUGGAUUCUUCUGACCUCAAUCAAAGAACUUCUCUAAAGUGACAUUGAUCUUUCUCUCUCUCUAAGUGUGUGUGUGUAUGUGUGUCUCACACGCCAUCUUUAAAAA